GCCUGGCAGUUUCCUGCGUAGGUAGAUCCACGAGUGCUAGACAUUCUCUAUAAGAUACGUUGUAGUAUCGUUGGUUGAUAUACAGAAUACACUAUACCACAUUCAACCAGAACAGUACCUAGUUCUAAGGAGCUGGUUUAUCUCCGAAAGUAACCAUGCACGGUCGUUUCAGAAGACCCGAGCGAGUAAUUCGGCGAGUGGUGAUGUCAAGCAGACACGAUGAAGGGGUCUAUAGGUCUAUGUAAUCCACUUGCAACAGCGAAACGAACGAACUUCUCCUCUUCAUGAUCAAUUCUUCACAGAGACCUAAUCAGCAAUUCAACGCUUCAUUGUCGAACAUCAAACAACAUGUCAACUGCGAUUGGCCUUUCCACACCGGUGCUUGCGCCUCUAUUACCUAUCAGUGGUACAUUCGCCCUACCAUUCUCUGCGUACUUCACCCUUCUAAGCUACCGCGUCGUCCAUUAUCGCCUCGCAGACAAGCAGUACCUUGGUGAUAACUCAUCUAAGGACGGCGACCCGAAUAACAAGCUUUACUUGGCCACCCGUUGCCACCAAAACUUCAUCGAGAACGUGCCGCUAGCACUCGUUCUGGCAGCGUUUGCCGAACUCAACGGUGGGAACCGAAAAGUUCUCACCACGGCCCUCAGCGCUCUCCUGGCUUUCCGAAUUGCGCAUGUGGAAGCAGGUCUUAUCAACGGGACGGGCGUGGGAAGGCCAAUUGGAUACUGGGGUACCUUUGCUACUAUUGCAACCUUGGGUGGCUACGCUGCAUUUCUCGUGAAGGGGUACUGGGGUCUCUGAGGCGGUGAAAAGCAUUGCCUCUGAUAGCUGAAGGCUUCUUGCUCCUCGUGUAGAAGAUUCAGAUUACAUCCAUACUUAUGCUGUACAGUCCUUAAUGCAAGCUUGAGGAAUAAAUUGGAUAAGUCGAAUUUCACUCCUGUCGACAUUAUUCUGUAGCUUCGAAUAAAAUAAGGUUAUAAAAAGGGGAAGGCAUAGGUACAUCAAUGAGGGUAAA